CGCUGGCUUCACUGCUGCUCUCUGCAGUGAUUGCUGAGAGGCGUGCGGUUACGGAGACAGACAUCAACAUCCUCCUGCUGCCUGUGGGAUGCAGACUGAACACUGAAGAGAUCUUAUUUCACGUGGGUCUUUGAAAGCCAGUCAUGGCUCUCAGGCGAGGCCAGGGUAUCAGGGCCAAUGUGCCUGAGCCUGACCAAUCACCUGCACCAGAGCAGAGUGGGAGACCUUCCAAAGACAGAGAAGACUCUGAGGAACCUCACAGCAGCACAGUGGAGAGCCAGUCAAGCACUCCUGUCCCAGACAGCCUCUGUCCCAGUGAUGGUUCUGUCUCCAGGGAGGACUCCCUCCGUGGCGAAAGCCCUAUUCAGCCUGACAGCAUGGAAGACUCACUGUCUGAAUACGAUAAUGUAGGAUCUGAGGAGGAGGAAGAGGAGGUGGUAGAGGAGGAGGAGGAGCAGGACUAUGAGGAAGACGAGGAGCUGCGUACCGAUGCAGAUGGGAUGACAUACUAUGUUCACUGUUGCCCUGAGGAUGAGAGCUACAUGGAGGGAAUGGACUGUCAUGAAGGUGCUGAUAGUGGCGACAGACCCAGCACUUCCAGGGAUCCAGAUGGUGGACGAAUGCCAGCAGAAGCUUGGGCAAACUCUGAAGGCUUUUAUGAAGUCCUGCAGCAGGGCAAAGAACAGAUGAUGUACAAAUGUCCUGAGCCCAUCUCCGAGACUGCUUUCAUCCAAGCCCCCAUGGCUGAGGAUGAAGAAGAUGAAGAAGAGGCAGAGGAGGUAGAAGAGGAUGAAGAUGAGGAGGACGAUGAGGAAGAGGAGGAUGAGGAAGAAGAAGAUGAUAAGUAUUUUGUUUAUGAAGGAGAGAAGGCAGAGGAAGAUCAGGAUGAGUUUCCCUCCAAAGAGUCUUGUGAUCUUCCAGAGGACAACAGAAACCUUCAUCAGCGUUCAAGUUACACUCAAGAAAAGAUCAGAGAAGAAGAAGAUUUACCCGGUGAUUACAGGGGAGACAAAAGGCGGCCAGAGAACUGUAGAGGUGACAACCAGGGUUCAUCUAGUUGCCAUAGGGAAGGCAUUAAAAAGGCAAAUGCGGAAGAAAGAGUCAACUAUCCAAGGGACUGUGAAGUGGGCAAGGCAGAUAGAAAUUUAAGACAAGGGUCUAGACUCAAAGGGCAGCAGACUUGGAAGGAAGACAGCGGCAACAGAGAUUGCCCAGGAGGUAGCGGAGAUAAUGGAGCGACAAAACACGAAGAUCCUGUGAACAGAGCCGACUGUAAAAAGAGACAUAUGUGCAGACGACACGGCGAGGAGGAAAGAGAAAGCAGGCAUUUACAUAUGGACAAUGACAGUCCUGAGAAGUGUAUAGGCAAGGGAAAGGGACUCGCUCACAGUAAUUAUAGAGCAAAGGCCAGGAGGGAUAAGCCACCCGCAGUGGACGCUGAAGGGGAUGUGGACCAGAUUGUUAAUGGAGUACGAGCGAAAUUGAAAUUAGCACCUCAGAACACUAAAGCCGACAGGGGUGUAACUGGACAGUCGCCUGACAAAAGAGGCAUUCCAGACAGUUCUAAAACAUCGUCGCUUUCAUCACAGAAGGGAGAAAGUCGACCCAGAGCACCUAACACAGCUGUAAAGCCUCCAGACCCACAACUGCAAAAGGACCAGGCCAAAGCACCUGUAGAAGAGGAAUGGAGGUCCAGUCAAGGCCAGAUUGUUCAGAGCAGCCCACAGCACGGCACAGUGAACCCUAACACAGAAAUGAGCAACCACAACCUCCCUCAGCAAGGAAAGAGAAAUCCCUCUUUUCCAAGCUUUGUGGAUGUUCCAGGUCCAUGUGAACCAGAGGACCUCAUAGAUGGAAUCAUUUUUGCAGCAAACUACCUUGGCUCCACUCAGCUUCUGUCAGACAGAAACCCAUCUAAGAGUGUGCGCAUGAUGCAGGCCCAGGAGGCUGUGGACAGAGUUAAGUGUCUGGAUGGCGAGAGCCAGAGCCUGACUGAGGUUGACCUCUUCAUUUCAACAAAAGCCAUCAAAGUGCUCAAUGCUGACACACAGGAGACGAUGAUGGACAAUGCCCUCCGCACCAUCUCCUACAUUGCAGACAUUGGGAGUGUAGUGGUGCUGAUGGCCCGCAGACGCAUGUCUCACUCUGCUUCAUUGGACUGCACUGACACUGGGCUCAACACUGCAGAGGGCAGAAAACAGUACCGAAUGAUCUGCUACGUCUUUGAGUCUGAGGAUGCCCAGCUCAUUGCACAGUCCAUUGGUCAGGCAUUUAGCAUGGCCUACCAAGAAUUCCUGCGAGCGAAUGGAAUCAACCCUAAAGACCUCAGCCAGAAGGAUUACAGUGAUAUUCUUAAUACACAAGAAAUGUACAAUGAUGAUCUCAUCCACUUCUCCAACUCGGAAAACUGCAAAGAGGUGAACCUGGAGAAGCAGAAAGGGGAGAUCCUGGGUGUAGUGAUAGUCGAGUCUGGCUGGGGCUCUAUCCUGCCCACAGUCAUCCUGGCUUGCAUGCUGAACAGUGGGCCAGCUGCCCGCUCUGGGAAACUUAAUGUCGGGGAUCAGAUCAUGGCUGUCAAUGACACAAGCUUGGUGGGCUUGCCGCUGGCCACCUGCCAAGGCAUCAUCAAGGGUCUGAAGAGUCAGGUGCAGGUAAAGCUGAGUGUAGUAAGCUGCCCACCUGUUACCACUGUGCUGAUAAAGAGACCAGAUCUUCAGUAUCAGCUGGGCUUCAGUGUACAGAAUGGCAUAAUAUGUAGUCUGAUGCGAGGCGGAAUCGCAGAAAGGGGAGGAGUCCGUGUGGGCCACAGAAUAAUUGAGAUUAAUGGACAGAGUGUGGUCGCCAUGGCACACGAGAAAAUUGUCCAUGCCUUGUCGGUGUCUGUUGGGGAGAUUCAUAUGAAAACAAUGCCAGCCGUGAUGUUCAGACUGCUGACGGGACAGGAGACGCCAGUGUACAUCUGACGGCAGUUCUGGUGCUCUGGACACUUUGUGGUGCUCUGUUCUGGUUCUGCGACCUCAAACAGUGCUUCACGUUUUCCCCCCAAGUCUUAAUGUUCUGUUUGUGCUGGUUGUGUUUGUGUCCACCCAGGCUUACAAACAGAGCAAUCUUGUUCUACACCUCUUAAAUCAAGUAGCUUAACAGUUUAACCUCACCCAACAAAAUGAGGAAACGAACUUCAGACCCAUAUCUCAUUAGGCAGAUAUUCAUUGCAUGUGCAGGGCGUAUGCGUCUAUCAUAGAACGACAAGAAAACACUAAAGAAAAUAUGAUUAUUCAUUCACUGAGGCCAAGUUCACACAGCAGGUAAAAGUAGCCCAAAUUCAAUCUUUUUCGCCAUAUGUGUUACUGUUGUGUUUUCUGUGUGGCAGUGUGUAAGUGGAUUUUUUAUACAUAUCUGAUAUGUGGCAUUUCGACUCAAUCUGAGCAGCUGGAUUAGAACUUGUGCAACUUUUACACUAAUCUCAUUCAACAUUUGUCAUAAAUGUGAACUGAAGAAAUGCAAAAAAUGGGUCACAGUAAAAAUGGGUCAUGUGAAGCAUUGCUCAUUUGCACAAGCUCAUCAUUUGGUGAUAACAUCGGAUUUGGGCCACUUUUACCCUCUGUGUGAACAUAACCAUAGUUUGGCCAGGUUUAUUCAGAGAAGAUGGACACAAUAUAAAACAAUAAGAUGCCUUGUAUUGUCUUAAACUAGGGGAGGUGAAUAAUAACUAAGAAAAUGAGCAAUACCAGUCCUUCCACUCUUUUUGUUGCUGUAGAUUUCUCUCUUUAGGCUGGUUUCAGCAGUUCUCUUUCUUAGUCUAAGAGGCAGUGAGUGCAUGACCAGUGCAUGACCCUCAUCUGUGUUCCAUGCAGGUGGGCUGGAGCUAACAGUAUACGACUAGAUCGUCUAGCUUGUCAGUCCUAGUAAACGUGUUGCUCCAUCCAUCUGCCACUUGCUCUGCACAUGAUUAUUUUUUUAUCAGAACAACGCAGAUAGUGGCAUUUAUUUUUUAACAAUGUACAUAGUAUUCCUGGUUGGACUGUAUAUUUCCUGUUUAUCAGCUGGUUUGUAAUGAUAGGGGCUAGAUAUCUAUGCAGGUUCAUCAGAUGUGGGUUCAUUAACUAUUAGCUCAUUUCAUAUUGCUGUAGUCAUUAGGGUGGGAUAUGCUGAAUUCCAAAGAUAAUGAUGUAUUCCAAUUACAAAACACAUGAUUAUGGUGUAACAUCAACAGGUAACCACGAGGGGACUGUAUCGAUUUUAUUGACUAAACUAACUUGCCCCUCAAAUGCAGAUGAACCAUUUUGUAAUUAUUUUUAUCAUCAUAUUUUAAAGAGGUUUUACACUGGGGACCACUAAACACAUUCAUUAGUUAUAAUACUCUGACAGCUGACAGUAUUUUACAAGAAAUUAAGAGAAGCUCUUUGGGUCUGUACUACUAACAUUAAACACAACACCGGAAUAGAUUUUUUAGGUUUUAUUAGUUUAGUCUCUGUAAACAACAUAUUUCAUACAUAUUCAGUUAUUAUUCUCAACUCAAACGUGUUUAUUUACAUAUUUACACAGUUAUGAAUUCACAGAUAAAACAUAAAAAAAUUUUACAGUUGUAUUUACAGCUACCCCAGCAAAAAAAGAAAAAUCCAGUCUGCAGGAUGUGUGUUUUUCAAGUACUUGGAAUGAUGGCCUUGUGUGAAACAGUUGGAUUCUCAAAACGUCUGUAAACAAAUUAAAAAAGCAGUCAUUACAUUCAGCA